GAGUGGAGCUUUUCUCUGUGUUACUUAUCUUGAGCGUGUUUGUGUCUACGUGUGUCUAUGUAGUAUACACCAGAGCAUCGCACGAGAACGGCGUGGGCUUUCUUGUGUCUUUGGUGUUUGAUACAUAAGCACUAUAAUUUCAACCCGGCGAUGCCACUGUGAUUAGUGGUACAAUAUAAUAUCAUACACGGUUGUGGUAGCUUUUUGGCCCGGGAUCCAGGAUAUCGAUCAUUUUGUCCAAUGCACUCCAGUGCGAGCCAGAGCUAAACGUACAGUUCUCCAGCCCUCCGUCAGCCCAAACGAACCCCAGCCAACCGAGGACCACAUCCGCCCCGACAAUGUCGUCGACGGAGAACCACCACCACCUCCACCACCAGCAGCAACAGCAAAACGGCACCGCCACCCAACAGCUACUACAGCAACAGCAGCAGCAACAGAGCAACGGGCACAAAAGUGCAGUGGCAUCAGGGGCGAGUCUCGCUUCCGUGAAUCCAUCGUCCCUCACCUCGACCCGCGCCACGACCAACUCGUCCUUCCUGUACAGCAGCAACUCCCUCCUGGCCAGCACGCGAAUGGACAAGGGGAGCGCGACCGCGGCCAUGAGGCAGCCGCCACCGCCGACCCUGCCCAAGUACACAUCCAGCUUCAACGCCGGGAGCAACGGGACCGCGGGGGCCACGGCGGUCGAGCGGCUGGGCAAGGACCGCGAGGGUGGCGGCAGCUACAGGCUCGCCAGCCUCGACAGGCUUGCCCUCAGGCAGAGGAUCCUCGACGGCGAUGCCAAGCUCAACGGCGACGUCAACUCGCUGCAGUCGAAGCGCGAGUUGUUCUUCAAGGGUGACAGCGGCCUGAUAACGUCCCCGGCCGCGGUGCCUGCGGCGCCUACGGUGCCACCCCCUCAGCCACCGACGAUCGCCAACAACAACAACAACUCGGCGACGGCCAACAACAUCAGCAACUCCGUCCACGUCGGUGGUCCCGGCAACAGCGUCACCACGUCGUCGGGCCCAGCGACGGCCCCUGGCCAAGCCCCGGCCAAGCCUCGGCUUCAACUGCUUAACAACAGCAAUGCCCAGCAGCCGCCGAGCGACAGUUCGGAGGACAGCAACAGGCGCGAGUCCGCGAGAUCCGCGGCCGAGGCCAUGAGCGCCAAAGAGGCGGCCGCGCCCAGGGCCAACGUGCCCACCAAGCCCAAGGAGCUCGACGGCUACGUCGGCUUUGCCAACCUCCCGAACCAGGUGUACAGGAAGGCCGUGAAGAAAGGCUUCGACUUUACCCUCAUGGUGGUCGGCGAGUCGGGGCUCGGUAAAUCCACGAUGAUAAAUUCGCUCUUCCUGACGGACAUCUACAGCGCCGAGCAACCGGGCCCGAGUCUAAGGAUGAAGAAGACCGUCGCCGUGGAGACCAGCAAAGUCGUGCUCAAGGAGAACGGGGUCAACCUCACCCUCACGAUCGUCGACACCCCCGGCUUCGGCGACGCCGUCAACAACAGCAACUGCUGGCAGCCGGUGAUCGAGUACAUCGAGAGCAAGUACGAGGAGUUUCUGAACGCGGAGUCGCGGGUGGUGAGGCGCGCCAUAUCCGACAACCGCGUCCAUUGUUGCCUGUACUUCGUGGCCCCCUCCGGACACGGGCUCAAGCCCCUCGACGUCGAAUUCAUGCAACGACUCCACGACAAGGUCAACAUCAUACCCGUCAUCGCCAAAGCCGACACCAUGACACCCGACGAGUGCGUCUAUUUCAAAAAACAAAUACUGAACGAAAUAGCACAGCACAAAAUAAAAAUCUACGAGUUCCCGGACGCCGAGGAUGAGGAGGAGAAUAAAUUGCACAAACCCCUGAGGGACCGAGUUCCCUUCGCCAUCGUCGGUGCGAACACGGUCAUUGAGUACGACGGCAAGAAGGUCCGUGGCAGAAAGUACCCUUGGGGAGUGGUGGAAGUUGAAAAUCUGGAACACAACGAUUUCAUCGCUCUGAGGAACAUGAUCAUCCGAACGCACCUGCAAGACUUGAAGGACGUGACGAACAACGUGCACUACGAAAACUUCCGGUGUCGCACUUUGGCUGGUCUAAGCGUCGACGGCAAACCCACAAGGGUAUCCAAUAAUUUGUGCCCUCCUGGAGUGAUGAACAGUUUCAUGAUGGUAUGGAACCCAUUAGCGCAGUUGGAGGAAGAAAAAAGAGAGCACGAGAACAAAAUGAAAAAAAUGGAAGCCGAAAUGGAGCAAGUCUUUGAAAUGAAAGUACGCGAGAAGAAGCAAAAACUCAAAGAAUUGGAAACCGACCUCCAAAAGAGGCAUGACCAAAUGCGACGUUCUUUGGAGCAGCAAUCAAAGGAGGUUGACGAAAAGAGGCGAGCAUUUGAGUCAGAAAGAUCAGCUUGGGAGCAGCAGGCUGGCGUCAGUAUUGAAGAUUUGCGACGAAAAAGUCUCGAGGCUAAUUCAAAAGAGACGGGAUCGGUGUCGUCCGAUGGCUCCGGUGGUACUUUGCGCGGCGCUCGCGGCAUAGGUAGUCUACUGCGCCGGCACACCAGUUUCAAAUCGCCGCAGGAGAACCCCAUGCCGAUACAACAGCUUGUCAUACAGCAUCCCGAGCAUCCUCAGUAUAAUUGAUGAUAAAAACAAUAAAACAUUGUCAAAAUUUCUUUACUACCAUACCAUCUUAAUACAUUCGUUCUCUUUUAUUAUUAUUAUUACUAUCGUGUUGGCUCUCUGUUUGGAAAAUUAUUAGUUGAAAGCAGCUUUUUGGGUGUGCGAGCUUUUUUCUUUUUUUUCAAUGGUGCAAAUGCUAAAUUGCAUUUACAUGUAUUCUUAGAGUGUAAUACAUUUUUAUAGUAUUUUUUGUAGUUUAUUACCAAUAAAUCGAGACUGUACUCAGCAUUCCAAACAUAAAUUUACAAACUAAAUAUUAAAAUAUCUGUUGAAACAAUAUAUUUUACUUGGCUGUUGGUGCGUUCGAUGCAAUUUUCUAACCAAAGAGCCACUCGCGCAAAAAAAAAAAAAAAGACUUUUUGUUUUUCACAGUUGAUACCAUAAGUUUUAUCAGUAUUUUUGAGGUUUUGUGAAAAUUACAUUGUGUCGCAAAUAAAAUAGCAUGGUGUCGCUUUCGGGUGAAAAAUGUUUUUUUUUAUUUUUUUUUUUAUUACUUAACGAAUUUAAUGUUUUGUAAAUUAACGCUCAUGUCAUGAAUAAUAACAGUAACAACCAAAAAUAACAUUUUACAUUUAUCUUUGUCAUUGUACAUUUAACGGGAUGUGAAAGCUUUACGAAAAGCAGCUGUUUAUUUACUAUCGUAAAAUUAAAAUGCUUGAGUUUUUUUUGUCAACUCUUUGACCAUUGGGUCAUAAACUUUCACAUCCCUUAAAGAUUUAAUUGACUUGUCGUAAGCUACAAUUUAAUAUUAUCGCCGCUCAUUAUUCUGUAAAAUUGUACGCGUUCAACUGCAAAAACUUGCAAACAUAAUUUUUCAUGCGAAUCAUAUCAAUCAUAAAUUGUUUGAUAAAAUCAUUUUUGUGUACGUCAAAAUUCAUUACUUAGAAGCUAAAGGGAAACAUAAAAAUAAUUAGUCAAGAUUACAAGAGUCAGAAAAAUAUUUUGUCAUAUUUUUUAACACGACGAAGUAGCUUGUAGUCCUGUGGCAUAAUAACACGUAAUAAUUAUAUACACGCAUUUAGCGAACAAAGUGAAGAAAAGAAUGUGAAAAAUCAAGAAAGCGAGAGACACUCGCAAAAAUACGUUGUAAGUGACACUUAAAUUAGCUCAAGACUUUGAUCAUAGUUAAGCCUAAAUAAUAGCGUGAAUUUAAUCACGUGUUUGUAUACGCGUUGCGACUUAACGAGUGAGUUCGUUAGAACGUUCCUAGGAUAUAUAAUAUACACAAAUAUUAUAUUCGUAUACCAAGUACUUAUAGUUAUUAUAAAGAUUAUUGAGCAUUUAAAGGUGAAAAACUAACUUCACGCACGAGCACGCGCUGCACAUAACGCAAUGGAAAAAAAAAGAAAUCUAUUGUAAACCCCGAACAAGCUGUCCGUCGGGCUUUAUAUAAAAAAUAAAUUUUUUUUUCCCCAAAAACCUAAUGAAUCUCGUAAAUAAUAAGUCAUCGAUGAACCGGCGGACGACUUGAUGGAGGUGGAGAAAGAAAAGAACACCACAAAAACGCGCACACACAAAAUUAACUGUAGCUGUUCGAUCACGAGUUAUGUUGAUUGGAUACUUACUAGAUAUCCAUGGAAAACCUAAUGAUUUUUUUUCGCCAAAACAAAAUGUAUUCAGUGCUUUUCCUACGAGAGAAAAGAAAAAAGAAAAUAAGAAUUAAAACCAA